AUGAAAUCAAGCCUCACCACAUCAAGUAAAACCACGGCUAGUACAAUCACGUCUAGUACCUCCUAUGCUUUCAAGGCCUCUAUUCCUACUUCAUAUGAUCCAUACAUAGUACAUUCGGAUGAUAAGGAUGGCACAGUCUUCAUUGCUGUUGGCACAAUUCUAAUUGCUCUUUUUGUCUUUUUCAUUAUUGCGAAAUUCUGGUUCUUCCUAAAGAAUCGGAAAGCCGCUGAACUGGCGACAAAAUAUGAUGAUAUAUAUGCUGGUAACUAUUAUGAUAGCAGUAGUAGUGUUCUUCACUAUGAUUCUGCGUUCUUCGAUGAAAAGAAAUCAAGUUAUGGUACCGAUUCUCCAAGUUCAGGCACUAGAUCUACUUACUCGCAUUCCACGAAUCCUUCCACAUCAUCCAGAGGUUCUGAGACUCGAGAAGACGUCAAUAACUAUACAUCACAACCAGGUCGCAACUUAAGAAAUGCAUACAGAUAUCAAAAUUACAAUCCAAAGAGAAGAGAAUCAUUUAUUUCACCGAUCAAUGAACUUAUAAAUGACUCUUCGGAGAAAAAUGAAGAUCCACAGCUUGCUACGAAAAGAAUGUCCUAUAUCGACCUAUUGGACUCAACAGUGAACCAGACACCUGAUUCCAAUAAUAAUUCUACAACCCAUGUUGCUCCACCUUCAAGACGUAAAACCCAAUCGAUAAGUAUGUUGUUUAAUUCACCAAUUGACAAUGAUCAUACCGGCAAAUUUCCACAUGCUAAAAGUCCAUCUGUUGAUUUUGGGCAGGUCCACAAGCUGGUGAACCAGAGUUUAGUAAGCGUUAACCAAAGUCCGUCUACACCUUCCACAGCAUCAGAAGGUAGUUCAGCUGUUACACGUAAAGAAAAACCAGGCAAAAAAAAUAGACCUCCUUCUAUGGUCUUGGAUAUGUUAGUUCAAAACGGUAUGAAUACUGACUGA